AUGCAUCUCACCCCCGGCGGAGCUCCAGAUUGGUGCCCUGACCCCAGGGUCCUCAAGGUGACAGUAGGGGGCCACUGCGUCCGCAGUGAAUCCAAGACCAAAGCAUCCAGGGGGUCCAAGAAGUGGCUGAUAUUGCUGGACUUGCUCUGCCUCUUUGCAGUGCUCACACCUUUCCUGAUCUUUGAGUUCGGAUUGAUCGCACCGAUUCAUCGAGGAUUCUUCUGUGACGACAACAGCAUCCGCUUCCCAUUCAUGCGAGAGGAGACAGUGAGCGACACCAUGCUUGUCAGUGUGGGCUUCAUAGCUGGAAUCAUCAUCGUCCUGGGGGAAUGUCAUUGGGUCAACAAGCAGCGUCGGUCGGAGUCGGGUCCCCGGGAAGGAUACUUGUCCAGCAUCUACCGGCAGCUUCUUCCCUUUUUGUUUGGCAUGAGCCUGGGACAGCUGCUGACCAAUGUGGCUAAGCUGAGCGUAGGUCGCCUGAGGCCGUACUUCCUCGCCGUGUGCCAACCAAUCGCCUUCAACUGUACAGCGGGAUUCGUGGAGGAUUACACGUGUACAGGGGACCCCAGCGCUAUCACAGAGGCCAGGAAAUCGUUCUAUUCUGGACACGCUUCCCUUGCCAUGUACGCCAUGCUGUAUCUCUCGUUUUAUCUGCAGGUGCGGAUGGCAUGGAGCGGGGCCCGUCUCUUGCGUCCCCUUGUUCAGUUUGUAUUGAUCAUUGUGGCUUUAUAUAUUGGAUUCACCCGCAUAUCUGACCACAGGCACCACCCAUCCGAUGUGGCUGUUGGCUACCUGCAGGGAGCGUUGGUUGCUUAUUGGGUGGCUUUCCACAUUUCCAGUUUGUUUCGGCGGAAUCGCUCUCAGACGAUCAGCAUCCCUCCGCGUCCCGACAGCCCAGAGACUUUCACAAACUGUUAA